CCCACCCGAAAAUUACUGUUUCCAUGGCCAAGGCUCAAAGUGACCAGUUGAUAGAAGUUGGCAUAUUGUGUUGACAACAUGGCUGACAAGAAAAAGAGUAAGAAAAAGAGCGAUGAAACAGAAGUUAUUGAAGAAAUCAAGCCCUCGAAAGAGGAGUACGAAGUUGCCAAGUGGUUAAGGAAUAAUGUGCCUACAAAGAAAACAAAGUUUCUCAAUCACAAUGUUCAGUAUUUUACAGGAAAAAAGGCUGUUGAUGCCCUUAUGGCUUCUACUUGGGGCACUUCUAUUAAAGAAGGGGAUGAACCAUUCUUUACUUCCCGUGCUCAUUGUAUUGAUUUCUUAGAUGUGAUGCUUCACAACAAAUUCUUCCACCGAGCCAAAAAAGUCCCUAUUAAUGAAGAAUUAUUAAAGGGUAAGAAAAAGGGUGCCAAAGAUGAAAAGGAUAAAAAAACUGUGAAGGAGGAUAAAGACAAAAAGGAAAGCCUGAAAGAUAAGAAAAAAAAAGAUGAUGGAGAGAGCAGUCAUGCUGAAGGAAAAGGUCAAGAGGUGUCUGAGAACGAGGAAGAAAGACAAAAGAAGAAGAAGAAGAAGGUGAGGUUGGAAAUGCAUUUUGAUCAGUUUUUCGCAGAUAAUCUUGAUGCUUAUGUUUGGAUUUAUGAACCUAUUCCUCCUCAUUAUUGGCUGUUUGGAGCUCUUGUUGUUAUGGCAGGGAUAGGUGUUUGUCUGUUUCCAUUGUGGCCCCCAUCUGUUAGAUUAAUUGUCUAUUAUCUUAGUAUAGCAGCUGCGGGCUUCCUUGUAUUUGUGGUUUUCUUGACAGUCGUCCGAACAAUAGUAUUCUGCUUUCUGUGGAUUGUUACUCUUGGUCGACAUCAUCUAUGGCUUUUCCCGAAUUUGACUGAAGAUGUUGGCUUCCUUGCUUCUUUCUGGCCUCUUUAUAAGUAUGAAUACAAACCCCCUGUAGAAACAGGCAAAAAAAAGAAAAAGAAGAAAGAAAAGUUGUCUGAUAAUGAAGAUGAACCAGAACCCGACCAGAAAGAACCUGAAGUUGUUGAAGUAGUAGAAGAAGUUGAAGACACUAGGAUUGAAGAGAAAGAAGAGGGCGAAGAAAAAAAUGAAGGUAGCGGAAGUGAAUCUGAAAGCAGCAGCCAACAGAGCCAGACUGGAAAAGAUUUUGAGAUAGUUGACAAAGCUGAAAUUGAAGCGCAACAAUAGGUUCAAAACGGAUCGAGAAAUCCUCGCCAGCAACUAUAUAUCUCAAAGUAUAGAAGAUAUUUUUUUAUUCUUCUUAAAUAUUUAUUUGGAAAUACGAAUAGACAUAUUUUAAAGGAGCAAUAUAUGUUUCUUUGAUUAUACUGUCACUUUCUUACUAAUAAAAAAAAAUUAAAGCAGGAAAUUUUCAUAUUUUCUAUUGCUGGUACCAUUCUAGCAUAACACGGGCUUUCAUACUACUUAUGUGGUCAAAUGACCUGGUCAAUUUUUUUUUUUUUUUUAUUUAUAUUUAUCUUACUCUCUGGUGCUUUAUUGUUUUAAUUGAUUCUGUCUUGCAAAAAAAAAAAAAAAAAAAAUGCCAUGUUUUAUAAUUGAUAUUUAUUUAUUCACUUAAUUUAGCACAUAAAUUUGAAGGUUUUAGUUUUAUUCAUAUUUCUUAGAUAUUUAUAAUAUAUUUUGUUCCUUAAUGUCACAUUAAUUUUAAUGUGAUCUCUAUAUUAAAACUACUUAUCAAAAGAGAAUGUGUAUAGGAUUACUUAGAUUACACAGUGAUUAUUAAUUAGUUGUAAAUAUUUGUAAAUUAUUUUCAUUCUUCGAUUAUUUUUGACAGAUAUUAUGGCAUAGUUUUAUUUUAAUCUUUUUAAGAUAAAAUAAAAUAUAUAAAUGGUGAUUUAAAAUCAAAGUAAUCUGACGUUCAUUUAAUUCACCAUUGGAAUAGGACUGUAUUUGGAGAUAAAAGUUUGUUUGAUAUAUAUACAUACCUAAUCGUUUUAGGUUUUAUUUUUAAAGUUUUCGAGUGUAUAUGUUGUUCUACUUAUUUUUUUAAAUUUAUUAAUUCUCAUUUAGUAGAUAAUGUAUUAUUGAAAGAUUGUCUUGCGUACUAGGAAUGAGACAGCAUAAUUAAUAAUUAAAGCACAAAAGAAUGCUUUAAAAGGAAGUGAUGUUAAUUAUUGCUGCAGAAUACUUAUCAUUCCACAUUUUAGUCAUAUGUACUUUUCUAUUGUAUUAAUUUGAACUUUAAUACUUCUUGUAGUACUGCUAUUCAUUAUCUACAAAUAUAUAACUACUAUUC